UUUCCUCAGCCAGUGGUUGUGUGGUUUUGGUGUGUCCUCCAGACGUGUGAUCCGCGUGCAGUGAGGAAAUUACACUCUUCUAACACCGCUCUUGUUGAGCACGUGGUGAGAGCAGUAGUCAGCGUACAGAGGCAAAAACAAGCUGAACAAGCAUCAACCUCAGCCAACUGCGUUACCAGUUACUAAAUGAUCCUACUCUAGCAGACGUCGACUUGCAUGAUAACUUUGGCUGAUGCCUGUAGCCCCAACUAUAUUAUUAUAAGGAAACUUCCCCGCAGAAUCGCUGAACAUGAGCUGUUCCGUUCUUCAUCACGUGGAGGUGUGCGUGAAGGAGGAAAACAAUUUACUGCGUCUUUUAACACACGGAUUUGGAUUCCAUGUGUUCGGCCGCCGUGUGACCCCCUGUGCCUCUACAUGGGCUCUCAGGAGCGGCACCUCUGUGUUCACCGUCAUCAAGAGAAACCGUCUCGUAGGCUGUGGGAGGUAUCAAAGUUAUGGUUUUGCUGCUGAAAACAAUGCUGAAGAUAAAGUUCCCAGUAAGAAUAAACAAAGUUCACCUAAGGGUUCGAGUUUGCAAAUGAUGACUACUAGUAGCAAUGAAAACGUGACAACCAGAUCCCACUGUGGAAGUUCAAGUGGAGAUAAACUGAAUCUUGAUGGAGACAAAAGUAGUCGGUUAUACUCCACAGAAAGUUCACAAAACCUUUCUAAACUUGUUUGUUGUAAGGAUGCUUCCCUAGAAAAAAGACUUAAUGAAUAUAAUGAGCACUGGACUGUGUUUUGCUGCAGAGAUGGAGUUAUCCAUUCACUUGACUCUGUGUUUAACAUAGCCUUAGUGGUGAAAGAUGUGGACAGUGUAACAGAGAGAGUUAGGUCACGUGGAGGACAGGUACUCAGAGAGCCAGCCAAUAUAUCAGAUAUGUUUGGUCAAGUCAGGUACUCCAUCGUGACUUCUUGCUGUGGUAAUAUAGUCCACACUUUGAUAGAUAAAAAAAAUUAUGAAGGUGAUUUUUUACCAGGAUAUGAAGCUAUAAAGGAGUGUUAUGGAAAUGCAUGGGUUGACACAUCAAUAACAAAUGGAGACCGGAAACAACUUUCUGUCAACUGUACUGUACCUGUAAAUAAAUCUGAUUUUCCACCAGUUUUGCAGAAUAACUAUGGAUCCAAUGAAAUUUUCGAACAAACACUUUUAAACACAGCUGAUUCUACAUGCUAUCCUCAAGGUGGCAUCAAACUACCUACAGCUGCUCCGAUCUGCACCUACAUUGACCAUAUCACCUAUGUCUGUGAAGCUGGAAAAAGUAAUGAUUUAAUUGACUGGUAUGAACACUGCUUUGGAAUGAAGAGAUUUAUGACUAAUAGCGAGGAGACUGAGGAUGGAUUUGUUUUGGGUGGAAAUAUUGGGUUGCGCCUCAAGGCCCUAGAAUACUGGAGAUGUGCUGAGAAAGGCUUGGCUGCUCCCAAUGCUUCCAUCAAUGACUCUUCGCUAAAAGUUGUAAUUGCUGAGCCUCUACCAGAUGUCAAUAUCAGCCAUGUUGACACUUUCCUUCAAGCACACAAGGGUCCCGGAGUGCAGCACAUUGGGUUACACUCUCAAACUAUGACAGCCACUGUCAAAUAUAUGAAUGAUAAUGGAGUAGUGUUUAGGAAACCUCCAGCAGUUUAUUAUCAAGAGGGUAUCAAACUGGAAGAAAUUGAAGAUACAGGCCAUGGGGAGGAAAUUGAGCUAUUCCGAGAACUGGGAAUAUUAUUGGAUACAGAAAAAGAUGUCUUUGCAGAUAGUGAUAUGCCUGGUCAAAAAAGAUACCUCAUGCAAGUGUUUACCAAGCCAAUCUUUGAAGAAGACACAUUUUUCUUUGAAAUCAUCCAACGUUGUGGUGCAACUGGCUUCGGUGCUGGAAAUAUUACAGCUCUUGCAAAAUCCAUUGUACUCUCUCAGCAACAAGUUGACAGCAGUAACCUUUAGACUUUUAAUAUUGAAGUAUACACAAUUGUUUUUUUUUCCAGUAUUUAUCAAUAGACUGAGAUCCAUUUGCCACUGAGAUAUGUACUAUAAUUACAGUAUUAACAUAUCUUACCAGAUUUUUCAAACAAAAUUCAGGACAGAAGUACAUUUUCAAAUGCUGUCUUGUUCACAUAUACUGUUCUUGGUGAUUGAAACUUGCCCAUUGAUUUUGGGUAACAGUAUUUGAAAGCCUUGAAGAUUAUUUUCAUUAAAUUAAGGCCGAUAGAUUUCAUGACCCUGGAUAAUGGAUAAAUUGGGCUUUGAUAGGAACUGAUGAAGAUGCCAAAGUGGGAGUCGGCUGGUAUUACAGACUUUCAUAUACCUGUACUUUAUACAGUAGUUAUAGUGCUAUGUACUAGCACACUGUCGUUAUCAGUCUUAACACUUUAAUUUAUUGAUUUUUGUGAUUUAUUCUGGGAUUUUAGGUAAUUGGUUCCAGCUCACCGAAAAUUACAUACAAAGUAAAAAAAAAAUGCAUUAAAGUACACUUACUUUGAGGUGUGUAUGUAGAAGGCUCCUGGUUGAUGAUGA